AUGGCUAAAACUUUUCACUCUUUCAAACCUUGGAACUCACGCUUUUUGCUUUUGUCUCUGCUGCUCCAAGUCUUACUAGUCGGCGCAUCUCCUACAACAGCAACUAAAGCUGCCGACGAAGCCCUCGCCAAGCGAGCGAGAGCAAAGUACCCCACCUUUUCCAACGAUUACGAUGGCCGCGUAAAGAAGGGGGAGUAUCUUAUGACGCUUCUCCCAGUAGGGAACGCAGAAGCUGCAGAGCGGAAUGGCGGAGCUUCUAUUAUCAGUCCCUUCCAGGACCCGGAAAGCCUGGUUACGUGGGGAUGGACCCCUUACAUAACUUGGUACCCAUACGAAACAAACUUGGAUGGAGAUACGGAACGAUUACCUGGCUUUCCUGGCUAUGGGCAACUAUUGGACGAGGCAUUUGCAGACCCGGAGUAUCGGGUAGAUGAAGAACAUACCGGUGUGUACCAUUUUGUCCAAGACAAGACGUUUCGGAAGUGGUGGUGGUUGCGAGUAGGACAGCCGUCAGAAGGAUCAUACAAAAACGUGGCGAAUCCACCCUCGGGCGCGUUCAUUUUCGACGUCAACUACAGUCCUCGCUACGAAGUGGCCAAGAACGGCAAAGGAGACGUCCCCGACUUGGACACGCUGUCAGACAUUGCCUAUUUCCAGUGGCUAAGCGCGUGCGAAUAUAAACGAAUAAGUCCUAAAACCCUCAAGGUCGUCUUCCGCGCUGGCAUUAGCUACAAACCUACCUUUGAUAUAGCGAUGCGCGCGUUGAAAGAUGAGAACUAUGAUCGGGUUCCUGGCUGGGAUAAACGAGCAGUAUUCAAGAUGGAUAGUCGGCCGGGUCAUGCGCUUCUCGGAAGUACCCAUGGUGCUGGAACAGCCUGGAUGCUUAUCCAGCAUAAAGAGAACCUUGGCAUCAAAACGAUAACAGAGGUUACGGUGUGGGGAUCUAAUGGAGGUUUUGAUUUCAAGGCAUCCCCGAACACUGUUCGCUUGAACUUGAGAUUUGUAAUUAAUGAUGCCUAGAUCUAAGUGCACACGACAC